AUGGUGGCUCAGAAACUGCCUCCCGAACCCAACAGGCUCCGUGUAGCCAUUUGUGGCGGCGGUCCCGCCGGCCUGGGCGCCGCCAUAGCACUUUCAGCUCUCCCAAACGUCGAGGUGACCAUCUACGAGCAAGCCAGGCAGCUUCGGGAGAUCGGUGCGGGCAUUCGCAUUGGCUAUAACUGCUGGAGAGUGCUGGCGUUGAUGGGUGCGGCCCAGCACGUCAAGGGCCAUAUCAAAACAACAGUCUUGCACCGAAACGGCUUGAAUGGGGAGAUCCUCGAUACGAGAUCUUCGUCAAUGCCGGUCCAGUACAAACCGCGCCGAGUGAGGAGGACUCGCCUUCAAUCCGCCCUGAUCAAGCAAGUCGCUCCCGGCACGAUCAAGCUCAACAAACGGCUUGUCGCGGUGAAGAACCUGCCUCAGGGAGGAGUAUCACUUGCUUUCGAAGACGGAUUCGAGACAACCGUCGACCUUGUCGUGGGGGCAGACGGUAUCCGCUCAGUUGUGAGAGACAGUAUCUUUCCUGAUCACAGUAUCAGAUUCACAGGGACAACGAUCUGGCGCACGCUCAUACCCAUCAGCGCGGUGGCCCACCAACCUGACCUCAACUCGCUGACGUCGUGGUGGUACGGUCCCGCGGGCCACGUCUACCUAUCCCCCGUCGACGAUCCAGAGGAACUCGACGAAAGUGAAAGAAUGUUUGAGAUCUCAUGUCGAAACCUCGUCGACCCAGAGACUGCAUCCGGCAAGAGAUUCAGCUGGGGGAUUCCCGCGACGAACCAGAGAGUCCAGUCUCAUUUCACGGAAUACGACCCGCGCGUCAGAGACGUCCUAUCCCGUGUUCCCGAAGGGCAGUGGAAGGAGUUUUCUGCAUUUGCAGGCCCAAGGUUGGCGAAACUCCACGCUUGGGAUAAAGUCGUGCUGCUGGGAGACGCAAGUCAUCCUCUCUCAGGAGCUUUCGGAUCAGGCGCAGCAUUCGCGCUGGAGGACGGCUGGAUCCUCGCACGAGCCAUCGAGUAUACCCGCGACACACCCAAGGGCCUAGCACAUGCCCUUGAGAUCUUCGACGCUAUCAGGUCUCCAUAUUAUCUCAGAAUGUAUCAAUACCUCGACGAGCAAAGGAAAAAGGCCAAAGAGGCGCUGGCCAAUGCGACUGAUAAGUCGUUCGAGUCCGUUCUGAAGAUCAAGAUGGCGUCGUCUGGCAGCGAGGAGGGUCUGCCCUGGAUAUACCACAACGACAUUGAGGACGUGUGGGAAAAGUACCUAGAGACGCAAAUCAACAACCUGUAG